AUGGAAUUGUUAAAGCCGUCGAACUAUACCCUAAAAAGUCUUUGUCCGAAAAUAAAGACAACUGAGCUGGAACUAAGAGAGCAUUUUGAACAGUUUUUUACUAUCAAGGAGGUGAAAGUGAUCAGAAGCGCUGACGGUGUAUCUAAAGGCUACGGUUUUAUAACUUUUGACACUGACGACGAAGCGGACACAGUUCGCGGAAUGUCGCCAGAGAAAUUGGAAUUCAAAGGUCGCAAACUGAAUCUCGGACCGGCUCUUAGACGGAUGUCGCAGCGUUACUCUACCGUGGCAGAUUAUGCAAUUGCUACUCCAACAGGACUGGUACAGUCUCCCACUUAUGGUUAUACAUAUUCCUUUCCGCCGCAGCCACCAUUCGUUAUGGUCAACACACCACAGGCCUAUGUGUACACGCCCGGGUCACCAGUUCCACAGGCAAUGAUUUAUCCUGUUGCUGCACCAGCUAACACUAAUGCUGAGCAACCAGCUGGUGGAGGUGCAAACGGAGCAGUCACCACUCCCGACAGUUCUCCCACACGCAACCAGCCACCAGUUCAAAAUGCUGAAGUGGUGGUGCCGGUAGCGGCUAAGGUUCCUGCUACGCCACCUGCUACUGCUGCCAGCUCUUCAGUAUCUGUGGUUACCGCGCCAGUGCCUGUUCAACAGCCACAACCCUGUAUCCAAUAUCCAGUGUAUCUGCAACCACAAGCGCCACCUACUCCUGUGAGUUUCCAUUUCUUGGACGCUGCACACUGUGGAGAUGUAACCCCAACUGUCGUUGCGCACCCACGUGGUUCACCUACAAAUGUUUACAAUUCGCACAUGGCUUCCGUUCACUCGGCGCCAUACUUCUCCACUCCAGACGGUCAUGGAGUUCCAUACCAACAGACAUUCUACUACAAUAACACUCCAAUGGCCGCAGCUGGCGAUGCGGCAAACAUGCAGAUGAUGUACGGUAAUGGAGCUCCCCCAGGCGCUACACCGCUGUACGGUGCUCACGAAUACACACCCCCACCGAAUCAACAACACCCGCACGACUCACCACCAAUCGCUCAAGGACUCUUCACGCCUUCACCGCAUCAUGGAAGCACUCCUCAGGUGGUGUAUGAGGUAUACGUUCUUGUUCAACGACAUAGUGAACUCAUUCAUUAA